AUGGCUCGAGUAAUCAUGGAUUUCAAAGUGAAUAUGAGCACAAAGUUUGAGGGUCCUGUUUGGGCAUCACUUGGUAUCGACAUGGACACGGAUCAUGUCGAACGACGGGCCGUCCUCCACUUGAUUCGAGAGAUCUACAAUCCCAUGUUGCACGACUCUCUUAGCAAGGGAAAUAACUGGAACUCAACAUUUAAAGGUAAGAAAGGAUUUGAUAUCAGACGUAAGCUCACCGCUAGGCAAAAUGAGUUGCCAGCCAUAGUUCGUGCUCAUGUCCCAGAUCCAGCGGAGCUUACCGAGCAGGCAAUUGCUAAGAAUUCCGGUGCGGCUCUUACUAACACUAGCGCUCCUCUCAGUACCCCUUCCCUUUCCCUUGGCCCCAUUCCCUCUCCUGGUCCUCUAAUCCAGCCUAGCAUUGGUCCCAAUCCAGAUCUUCCUCCCGUUGUUGCACCAGAAGCUCUUCACGCUCCUAUCCCAGACGAACCACAAGAGGGCUACUAUAAGGCUGAUGAUAUGGAAGCUCCAUCUCCGCCUCGCAUUGACCUCGACGCUUUCACACGCACUAUUGAACGUGCUAAUCGCAAGCGAGCUAGGGAUGACGACGAGGACACGCACCCUCCCACGCCACCAAAGAAGAGAUCGAACGCCUCUCGGUCACCAAAGGAGAAUACUGAAUGGACGAAGUUCACUACUCUAAGUGACUCGUCUUCAAAUGAGGAACAAAGUCUGGAUGCUGAUGGUGAUACCCUGAUGGAUAGAAAGGCUAAGCCUUAUAAGGUUAAGAAUAAGUCUGACGAGCCAGAUAACAGUGUGUGGUCUACGAUGCGAGAUUAUCUCGGUCGAAUGGGUCGUGAACCUACUCCACAGGAACAAGAUGAAGAGCUCUAA